CUAGAAUCCAGGUACCAUCCUGACACUUCAUGACCUCGGAACUGAUUGCGCAUUUGCAGCCUCCGACUCAAGUGAUCUCCCGUGAACCCUGUGUCUUCCCAUUUACCUAUGGUGAUGUCACCCACUACAGCUGCAUCUCCACCCACAGUGACUUUGACUGGUGUUCUCUUGACAAGGAAUUCCAAGGCAGGUGGCGCUACUGCACGGGGCUGGUACUUAGAUACCUCUUGGUGUUCUUGAAGAGACAGAAGUCACAUAUUCAUCAGCUUCCUCUCCAAAUAUAAUUCUAUCCUUUCCAAUCCUG